GUUGACAGCGGAAUUUAGCCAUUGGCUCGAAUUCUGAAAACCCAAGCUACUGUUUACAAAAUUAAUUUAAAAGCAUCAACACGAAGGAUUCUUCUGAUUGGAUAACCGUCGGCCACCGGAACGCAUCGGCAUGAAUGUUAAUGUAUGCGAUGUACCGAAUAAUAAUCCAGCUACAUAUUGCCGGUUGUGCUUUUCGCAGACAAAAGUAGUGCCGAUUUUCCCCUUAGGAAGUAACCACAAUCAGAAAUUAAUCAAUCAGGUCUACCAGUGGACCGGCGUUCAGAUCAACUAUCAGGAAGAUUUUACCUGUGCAAUCUGCUGGAAAUGCACUGUUACUUUGGAAGAAUUCCAGCGCUUUUGUGAUCGUUGCAAGAAAAACGAUUGGGUUGUAAGGCAGAAACGUACUGACGUAAACAGAAUCGUUCAGAAAACAGAUCACCACGAAAACAACGGAAACCAAAUGGAUGACCGACGGUUUGGGUACAUGUACCCAUUGAUGCAGCCUACCUUAGGGUACGAGUUUCGUCUACCUAACGAUCCGCGGGAUCGAGCACCUUUGGAACAUCCCCGAUCGCUAGUUCGUGCCAACCAUGAAGCACAAGCGUCCUCUUCCAAUCACAUGCCUAAAACAGAAUCGAGAAUAGAUAUUGAUACUGAGUUUAAACAUGUGCUACCAGUGGAACGACUUCCGGAAGAGCUUGUCAAUAUGUUAGAUUUACCAGCUACAUCAUCGAAGAAGGGAAAUACUAGUGUAGCAGUUAAUGGCACAGGUAUUGAUGGAGCUCCAAAACAACGUAGCAGUCAGUAUCAAAAGAUAGUUGAGUCCGGCGGGGUUAAGUGUCCAAUAUGCAAGAAGCCUUACACAACGGAUAAAAAUCUCAAAAAGCAUCUCCGUCUGCACACACUAUCGCUGCCAUUCACGUGCAAUGAUUGCGGUGCGAAGUUUUCCGAGCGUAGAGAUUUCCAGAAACAUCAGGAACGAUACCAUGGGCCGAAUGCGACCGCUUCGGUGUCUGAAAUUUUCCAUUGCGAGUUUUGUUCCAGAGUUUUCACCAGGCAACGAGACAUGACCAAGCAUGUACGUUUGUUCCACGAGCCUCCUGAGGAUGCAAAGUGAGUACAGUCGGUGGCCGGAACAGCUCUUCGGAAAAUAAACAUUUAAAUAACGAGAUGAUUAAAUGUAGACAAAUAUCUGUACAACCAAUUGUGUAAUAAAUCAACAAAAUUUCGGAGUGAUUGAA